AUGAACAAACGUUCAUUCAAAUACGCCUGGGUGCUCGACAAACUGAAAGCCGAGCGUGAACGUGGUAUCACCAUCGAUAUUGCUCUCUGGAAAUUCGAAACAAACAAGUACUACUGCACAGUCAUCGACGCUCCUGGUCACCGUGAUUUCAUCAAGAACAUGAUCACCGGAACUUCUCAAGCCGACUGUGCUGUUCUCAUCAUCGACUCCACCACCGGUGGCUUCGAAGCUGGUAUUUCCAAAGAUGGUCAAACCCGUGAACACGCUCUCCUCGCUUUCACUCUCGGUGUCAAACAGAUGAUCUGUUGCUGCAACAAAAUGGACGCCACUACUCCCAAAUACUCAAAAGCCAGAUACGAUGAAAUCACGAAGGAAGUCUCAACCUACCUCAAGAAAGUCGGUUACAACCCUGACAAAAUCCCAUUCGUCCCAAUCUCUGGAUUCGAAGGUGACAACAUGAUUGAAAGGUCAACAAAUCUCGAUUGGUACAAGGGCCCAACUCUCCUCGAAGCUCUUGACCAAAUCAACGAGCCAAAACGUCCCACAGACAAACCACUUCGUCUCCCACUUCAAGAUGUUUACAAAAUCGGUGGAAUUGGAACUGUUCCAGUCGGGCGGGUCGAAACCGGUAUUAUCAAACCCGGAAUGGUCGUCACCUUUGGCCCAACCGGUUUAACAACUGAAGUGAAGUCCGUUGAAAUGCAUCAUGAAGCUUUGUUGGAAGCUCUACCAGGUGACAAUGUUGGAUUCAAUGUGAAGAAUGUUGCUGUGAAGGAUAUCAAGCGUGGGUAUGUUGCUUCGAAUUCUAAAGAUGAUCCUGCUAAAGGUGCUGCGAGUUUUACUUCUCAGGUGAUUAUCAUGAACCACCCGGGUCAGAUUGGAAACGGGUAUGCUCCGGUGUUGGAUUGCCACACGUCUCAUAUUGCUGUGAAGUUUGCUGAGAUUUUGACAAAGAUUGAUAGAAGGUCUGGGAAGGAGAUUGAGAAGGAACCGAAGUUUUUGAAGAAUGGUGAUGCUGGAAUGGUGAAGAUGAUGCCGACUAAGCCUAUGGUGGUGGAGACUUUUUCUGAGUAUCCCCCGUUGGGGAGGUUUGCUGUGAGGGAUAUGAGGCAGACUGUGGCUGUUGGUGUUAUCAAGAGUGUGGAUAAGAAGGAUCCUACUGGUGCUAAGAUUACCAAGGCUGCUGCGAAGAAGAAAUGA